UGACGUAUUUUGAAAUUUCAGCGGCAGGAGGUCGUUGUUGGAGUCGUGAAUUGCUAUUUUGGAAUCUUUUCUGAACCCCAGCGGAGUCAAGAUGUCUUUCUCCAGAGCUCCGCUGAAGCGCUUCAACGAGCACGUAGGUUGCGCCCCUCCGCCGGGGAUCUACGAGAUUAAACCCGGGGAGCCCAAAGGAGCCGCUUCCUUCGACAAAUCGGAUCGAUUCAAACCUCCUAAAGCAGUCGCCGCCAGCUCCGUGGCUCCGCCGCCGCCUCCGUCUCCAUCCAGGCCGUCUUUAGUGUCACCUGUCAGGAGGACCUUGUCCGUGGAUGUCCUCGUGGAAGAAUCCUCUGUAAAGAAAGGAAAGCAAAGCAUGACUUUGGAGAAGAAGCUGCAGAUUCAAUUGGAGAACGAGAUCCGAACUCUGGUUCAGCAGCGCGGGGAGCAAGACAGACGGCUGCUCACGGUGGAAGAAGAACUCAAAAAAGUUGAGGCCAAACUGUUGGCUUCGAUCAGGGAGAGGACGGCGCUGACUGCCAACGUUCAGACCCUUGAGAGGCAGCAAGCUGAGCUGAAGAAAGUGAACGAGUUCCUCAAGAACAAGGUUUCUGCCGACGCAACGAAAAAGAAGAUAAAUUCCCUCACAAUGGAUCUGAUGGAGGCCAGGAACAAUCUGGAUAGCAAGACCAAGGAGUUGACGGUGCUUCAGGUGAACACACAAGGUCGUCUUAAAUCACUCGAGGGUGACCUCCGUAGUGCCAAGGAGACCAUCACCAGCCUGGAGGAGAAGCAGAGAGAUUUGAAGGACCUCCAUCAGGUGACCAAGAACAUAAAUGACGAGCUGGAGAGCGAGAAUACCAGAUUGCAAGCUGUGGUGCAAGAGCUUCGAGAGGAAGUCCGAGUUUUGCAGGGAUACUUGGACACUGCCAAUGAAGAGAUUCAGGAUCUUCGCACCAAAGUCGAAAAGAGUUCAGCUGCGGAUCUUCAACAGGACAGAAUCGCAGAACUGGAGACUGAGCUGGAGAAACGCCUCACGGAGCUGGUAACAAACAAGGACCUGUUGAGUCAAAAGAAGGGCGAAGCUUCAAGGUACCAGCAGGACCUGGAGGAGUCGCAGCAGGCUUUAUUGAAGGUGGAGCAGCAGAUGGAGGAGAAGGAGCUGACAUUGAAGAGGUCACAGGACUCUGUGAUGGACCUGGAGGAGCAGCUGAGGGCUGCCAAACAAGACGUCCUGGACUCUCAGGAAGCCGUCGCCAAGCAGGAGGAAGAGGUGGCUGGAUUCCGAGAGGCGCUCAGGAGGACGGAGCAGGAACUGGACGAGAGAGUGGCGCAUCUAGAACAGAGGUGUAUCCUCUCAGAGGAGGAGAGAAGUCGAGCGCAGGAGGAGGGGCUGAGGAGAGUGGAGCAGUUACAGACCGAGCUCAACCAGCUGAUGGAGACUAACAAUGAUGUGCAGGAGAGACGAGUCCAACUGGAGCAGCAACACGUUGCUCUCACAGAAGAGCUGGCGAAAGAAAAGGCUCUUGCCGAUUCCUUGUCGGUGCUGAUGGACCAAGAGAGACAAGACUCGGAAGAGAAAUUUCAGCAACUGCACGAUGAGCUGGAGGAGGUGCUGGGGGAGCUGUCUCUGAUGGAAGACACGGAUCAGAGGAGGCUGCAGGCGCUUGAGAGGCUGCAGAAGCAAAAGGAAGAUCUGGAGAAGGAGCUGUGUGACGUAAAGGAACUUUUAAACAAAAGGAACACUGAUGUUUCUGCUUUGAAAGACAAACACUCUUCUGCCUUGAUGGAUCUCCAAGACGCACACUCAAAAUCUCUCAGCCAAAUGGAGGUUGUUCUCGCAGAGCUGGGGAGCACGAAAACGGCUCUGAGUGCUGCUGAGGAGAAGCAGAACAGUCUGGCGGUGGAAGUUGAGAGACUGAAGCAGCAGAGAAAGGAGAUGGAUGAAGUGAUUGUGCAGAAGGAGGAGGCGAUCAAACGGGUGACUGGUGAUUUGGAGGAGCAGCAGAGAAGGCUGAUGGAAGAGAGAGAAGCUUGGGCAGCGAAGGCUGAACUGGUGCAGAGUCGACUUGCUGAGAAAGAGGAUAAGCGCCGAGCCGCGGAGGAGAGUCACGCGACCUUGAUCGGUCAGCUCCAGCAGAAGCUUCAGCUUCACACCGUGGAGAAAGAGGCGGCGCUGGAGCAAAUUGAGGAACUUAAAGGUCAGCUCAGAGACGGCGUGAAGAUGCAGCAGCAGGUGGCGCUGCUGAGUCAGGAGAAGGUGACUCUACAGUGGCAGAUGGAAGAGCAGCGUCAGGAACUUCAGCAGCAGCUGACACAAGCGCAGGAGGCCAGCUGUGGUGGUGCAGAGACCGAGCACUGGAGGAGCAUGUACGAAGUGCUGCUGGCCAAAGUCAAACCGUUUCAGGAGCAGCUGGAUUCUUUCGCCGCCGAGCGAAACGCGCUACUGAACGAAAACGGGGCGAAUCAAGACGAGCUGAACAAGCUGGCCGACGCCUACGCACGCCUGCUGGGCCACCAGAACCAGAGGCAGAAAAUCAAACACGUGAUGAAGCUGAAGGACGAAAACAUGGGCCUGAAGCAGGAGCUGUGCAAGCUCCGCACUCUGCUGAAACGCCAGAAGUGCGACCUGGAUCAGAUGAAGGAGAAACUUCCCGGCGCGCCGCGACGCAGGUUCGACCCCAGCAAGGCUUUCCAGCACGACAAGGAGAACGUGAAAACACCCGGACCUCUGAAAGAAGGGAACCUCUGUGUGUGAGCAAACAUGGCUGCUCUUUGUUUUUUUUGUAUGCUGUAUGUUGGGAAGUUGUAGUUGGGAUGUUACUUUACUUUUUAAGCUCUUAAUUAGUUGCAAAUAAAAUUAAC